AUACGCAGAAUCAUCUCGAUGUUUCGACCACCAAAAAUCUAUUUAUUGUAACCCCUUUCUUCUUCUCCCAGAAUUCUGUGAAACGUUAACAAAUUCGUCCUGAACUAAAAUUUGAGCACCAUCGAGACGGGAACAAUUACACUCAUUGCGGAUUACACCAGAUAAUGAGGUCAAGAUUAACAGCAAUUCUAUUUGCAGUGUUUCUCUUUACCGUAGAAUCAAAAACCCUUGAUCCUUACAAGGUCCUUGGGGUUGAUAAAAAUGCAAACCAACGAGACAUUCAGAAAGCUUUCCACAAGCUAUCUCUGAAAUAUCAUCCCGACAAAAACAAUGAAAAGGGGGCACAAGAGAAGUUUGCUGAGAUUAACAAUGCGUACGAGAUUCUUUCUGAUGAAGAUAAGAGGAAGAACUAUGAUCUUUAUGGAGAUGAGAAGGGUGCUCCUGGGUUUGAUCCCGGAAAUGGUGCAGACCAUGGUGGAUACACACACUUCACAAGUGGUGGACCAGGACAAAGUGGGUUCAGCUUCAGGCCGGGUAAUUGGCAAAACAUGGGUGGACAAGGAGGCUCAAAAUCAUUUUCUUUUUCUUUUGGUGGUGGUCCUGGUAGCCAAGGCUCCUCUGGUUUUGGUUUAGAUGAUAUUUUUACAAACUUCUUUGGUGGCGGAAUGGGAGGCGGACGUCACUCUGGUGGUUUUAGUAGAACUGCAGGGAGAACUCAAACUGAGUCUGGAACAAGGAGUACUGUAAAGGCUAUCCCGCCUAUAGAUUCAGCAACUUUCAAGAAAGAAAUAGCUGACAAGGGUAUAACCGGGCUCUUGUUAUCUUAUACAUCUAAUGAAAAAAAUGUUGAACAUUAUGAAUCUAUAAUAGGCGAGGUUGCCAGCUCACUACAAGGAGCACUAAAGGUAGGAAAGGUAAAUUGUGGAACCGACUCAUCUCUUUGCAAGGAGCUAGGCUUACACCCACGUAGUGCCCCUAGACUGCUUGUUUAUUCUUUCAAGUCGAUUGACAGUGGUUCCAUUUUAGAGUACUUUGGUGAUGUGGAUGUUAAAAGCGUGAAAAACUUCUGUCAGGAGCAUCUUCCUAGAUUCUCAAAACGUGUCAACUUGAAUUACUUCGAUUUUGAUUCUACUGAUGCCGGAGGUUUACCAAAAGUCAUGCUCUUCUCCACAAAAAAGGACACCCCAGUAAUAUGGAGGGUUCUUAGUGGCUUUUAUAGAAAACGUUUCAUUUUCUAUGAUGUACAGGUACACGAUGUUUCUGAUCACAGUGUGAGAAGAUUAGGGGUUGAUGCUCUUCCUGCAGUUGUUGGUUGGAUGUCAAAUGGGGAAAAGCAUAUUUUGAAGACAGGGAUUUCUGUAAAAGAUGUGAAAUCUGCUAUUCAAGAUUUAAGUGGUUUGCUUGACAAUUUCGAGAAGAAGAAUAAGAAGGUGGGAUCCGCACAAAAUGGGAAGUCGGAGCGUAAACAAAUUCCGUUGCUUACAGGAUCCAACGUUGAUGAUAUAUGUGGAGAAAAGUCUCCGGUCUGCAUAAUUGGCAUCUUCAGGUCUUCUAAAUCAAGGGAUAAGAUAGAAAAGAUUCUCUUCUCUGUAUCUCAAAAAUCAGUAAUGAGAAGACAGAACACAGCGUAUGGCACAAGAGAAUCAGUAUCAUAUGCUGUUUUAGAUGGUAUCAAGCAGGAGCAAUUCUUGAAGGCUUUUGACAAAUCAGGAUUCAAAUCAGCAGAUCGUCUCUUGCUUGCCUACAAACCACGGAGAGGAAAAUUUGCCGUAUUUAAAGGCGAAGUGUCUGAAGAGGAGGUACAGAAAUUUAUCAGUGAUGUCGUCAGCGGGGACAUCCAAUUUUCGAAGACCAAACAAAAUCCAUCUGCUCGAUAAUGUCGAAACAGCUAAUUGAUUAACUUACAUACUGCGUGUGUGCCAUUGUGAGGUUAUGGCAGCGAAUUGUUGCAGCUUGCAGCAGCAGCAGUUGGUGAAUGUGAAUUAAUAGGACCGAGAGGCUAUGGAGUUCAUCCGGGUGAUGUGAUGAGAUUUACUUUCUAUAUAUGUAUCUAUAUUCUAUAUAGCAACUGUAUAAAUAUGGCUAGGUAUUUAUAAACAGCACCACCAUUAGUUUCCAGAAAUAGGUGUUGGUAUAAUUUAUUCAUUCACUGCUGCUUCCGUUGUAGGUGUUUUGAUAGAUGCCUACGCUUGUGGAAAA